CGCGCAGCCUGAGCCAACGGGAUUGUGCAACUUGUUUGGAAAUUCCCUUUCCUGCCGAGGGCCGAGCAUCCCACCCCAGCGGGGAGGCUGGGAGAGCCGCAUCCCGCAGGUAGAGGGUGCUGCGAUAUUGCGGAUUAGAGCCUUGGGCACGUUCGGAGGAAGGUGUGAACAGGAAGGGAAAAAAAAAAAAGAAAAAGAGAAAGAGAGAAGAGAGAAGAGAACAGGACACGAACUAGGGAGAGAAGAUCAUAACUCCAAAGUCCAAUUCCUGAAAGUUUUCAGAAAGGAAGAUCUGCUUUUUCCAGAUGCGGUACCUUAUCUUCUUCUGCCUCCCUGUGUGGGCUGAUGCAGCCUCCAUGUAUGGUGAGAUCUUGUCACCCAAUUAUCCUCAGGUGUAUCCCAAUGAUGUGCAGAAAUCUUGGGAAAUCCAGGUCCCUUCGGGAUAUGGCAUUCGCCUUUAUUUCACACAUAUGGAUCUUGAACCAUCGCAGAACUGCGAAUAUGACUUUGUGAAGAUCGUGUCAGGUGGCCAUGUUGAAGGUGUGCUUUGUGGGCGGAAGAAACCUCGUGCCCCUGGCUCCUCGAUUGUGGAGGAAUUUCAUGUCCCUUAUGACACCCUCACUAUGAGCUUCCAAUCAGACUUUUCCAACGAGGAGCAUUUCACUGGUUUUGCAGCCUACUAUGUUGCAGUGGACUUGGAUGAAUGCAUGGAUUUUGUGGAGGAACCUUGCAGUCAUUACUGUAAUAAUUAUAUUGGAGGUUACUUCUGUACCUGCCCACCAGAUUAUUUCCUCUAUGACGAUAAGAAAACAUGUGGAGUGAACUGCACUGGAAAUGUCUUCACGGAGCCAUCGGGGGAGAUUUCCAGCCCCAACUAUCCUAACCAGUACCCAGAGAACUCACGGUGUGACUACCGAGUGGCUCUGGGGCCAGGCUACUUUGUGACAUUGACCAUACGCAGCGAGGACUUUGACGUGGAACCAGCCAACUCAGAAGGGACUUGCCACGACAGCUUAACAAUUGUCUCUGGGAAGCAGCGCUUUGGUCCCUAUUGUGGCAGCAAAUUCCCAGGUCCUCCUGAAAUCAAAACUAGGAACAACAUUCUUGACAUAAUCUUCCAGACAAACCACGCAGUACAGCACAAAGGCUGGAAAAUACGCUACUAUGGGGAUCCUGUAACCUGUCCCCCGAGCGUCAUCCCCAACUCUGUUCUUGAUCCAAAGAAGGAUAGGUAUAUCUUCAAGGACAAUGUGAAGGUGACCUGUGUGGAAGGCUAUGAAAUUGUGAGGCAACGAGACAGCUUCAUGACUUUUCACUCCAGCUGUCAGGACAACGGUGAAUGGACCAACUCCCAUUUCAGCUGUGUUCCUGUGAACUGUGGCGAUCCUAUUGCCAUUGACAAUGCCCAAGCCGUAUACGUCUCUGAACUUCAUGAGCCUCUCUACAAAGCUGCUGUCCGGUAUCAAUGUGAUGCACCUUACUAUACCCUGAAAACCGAAGGGGAUGCGGUGUAUCAGUGCUCAGCCAGUGGAGAAUGGGUCAACAAAGAGAUGGGAACAAAGCUACCAAAAUGUGUCCCAGUCUGUGGGGUGCCUAGUAAUCCCAUCCGAGAGAAAGCAAGGAUUUUUGGAGGCACCCGUGCAGAAAAGGGCAACUUCCCCUGGCAGGUGUAUUUCGAUUACCCAAGAGGCGGUGGCGUACUCAUCUCUGAAAGAUGGGUGAUGACUGCCGCUCAUGUGCUGGAGGGGUACGACAAGCCCAACAUGUACGCUGGGGUAAUCAAUGUUGGUAAAGAAUCUCUGUACUGGGAGGCCAAGCAGCUGGUCGCAGAGGCUUCAUUCAUCCACCCCAACUGGAAGAAGCAGCCCAUAGAAACCAGGACCGAUUUUGAUAACGAUAUUGCACUACUGAAGCUGAGGGAGCCCGUGAAGAUGGGCCCAAACAUCUCACCCCUCUGCCUUCCUGGUAAAUCACCUGAGUAUGAGCUACAGGAAGGGACUCUGGGCUACAUUGCUGGCUGGGGCCAGAGAGAGAGAGGAAGACUGCCUAUUUAUCUCUGGAAGGCCCAGAUUCCUGUGGUGAACAUGGAUAAGUGCCGAUCUGUGAAACCAGAGGGCUCUGCUGAUUCCAGUGCUUACCGAUUCACCGACAAUAUGAUCUGUGCUGGUGGUGACAAGGACAGCUGUAAGGGGGAUAGUGGUGGAGCCUACGCUAUCCAAGAUCCUCUUGAUGACAAACGGUACUAUGUAGCUGGGCUGAUCUCCUGGGGACCAAGAUGUGGUACCUUUGGUCUUUACACCAAGGUAGUGCGUUAUUUGGACUGGAUUACAGAGACCAUGAGCAAGCAUGAGGAUGCAGAAGCUUGGGAGGAUUAGCUCUUUCUCCUUUCAGCACAGUCACCCUUUCUAAAUGUGAUCACGGAUGGCUACGUGUUCAGGCUGGCUGUGAUCCUGUCCACUCUGUGUAUAUAACGGGCCUAGUCAUCAUGUCACUGCUGAGUCAGGAAUACUUAUAGGUUUCUCCCGCUGUCGUCAUGUCUGGGAAGGGAAUUUCUCAUUCUUCUUCCACUCGUAGUAACGUAAGAGGAAGACGCUACUGGAUAAAGAGGCCCCUUCUGCUUCCUCUCUUUUUUUUCUAUCCCAUUUUUUCCCACUUGGAGACGAUCUACCCAUGCUCCUCCUGACAGGGACAUUUCAGUGAAGAUGAGAGAGAAUAAUGGUUGGUUCCCAGGGUAGGUUCAGAGCCUGGUUUUUGAUUUAUGUACUUCCUGUAUUGUUCAGAAUAUUUAACAGCAUUAAAGGAUGUCCAAAUUGCCUGUUGUGCAAU